AUGUCAGACUCUGCCACCACCUCCGCAAAGGCCAAUCCCAAGCGGAAGCGGUCUAGUACCUCCCGUUCUAAGCAAGCUUUGCAAAUAUCACAUGAACCGCCACCAGAUUCAGAAGCGCUUUUAAACCAUUAUCUUUCGGGUUUUGACCAUGGAUUAGCAGCUGCAUCGGCAUCUUUGUUCUUAGCAGAAGAAGAUUCUACAGACACAUCUCAGUGUGAAGUGCCAAAUAUUGAGACAGAAGCAGAUACACUUUUGAACCUCGCUUCCGAUUGGAUACUCCCAGGUCCUCAGUGUAUAAAUGCUUAUGCUCGCACAUAUCCUGUAUCUUUCGAACAGCUUCCUAUAGCAAACAUAUUGUCGACACAGGGAGCUGUGUCGGAAAAUGAGAUGUCUCUGACUGUAGACGAAGAGCUAGCUCUCGCACACUAUAGGACAGCAUUUUCUUCAACUCAAACUACGAGAGACCCAAAGUGGUCCACUCCUGCCUUACUGUUACUUCACGGACUGGAGCACUCACAGAUGCUUCUCCACCUUAUACUAGCCGUGUCGCUUUAUGAUACGCCCUCCGAUCCCGUCGAUGUUAGUCGCCUCCGUCAAAAUGGCCAUAAACAUUACGAAAAAGGCACGGAGCUGCUCAUGCUAGCUUUAGGAGGUGAAGGUUUUCCGGACCAUCUCGCAGUGUUAGGGUCUUUUUAUUGCAUAAACAUGUAUAUGUCACGAUCUCACGGCAUCAUCAUACCAAAAUUAGACCAGCUCAGUGUUACAGCAACAGAGCAUCUAAAAAAGUAUAACUUAAUAGUGCCUAUCUACGGCCAGUCACAUACAAAUGAAAAAUCUAUGAAGGAACGUGCAGAGCGAAGUUUAAUCGCUCGUAUGAUCAUGUGGCUACUGAAAAUUGAUGCACAGGGAAGCUUUUUAGGGUGUAAGCCUAGUUUAAUAAACUACUUUCAAGCACAUCCUGAUCACCUAUCAGCUGUACAAGCAGAAUCUCGCCUUGCUUUACAACUUAAUUGGGGAACAGAAUAUCCAAUAUCGCAAAGUAUUCGGGAUAUUGAGAGUUGUUUGCCAGUUGACAUGAUGACUGAUAUGCUGGUUCUAUACUCCAGGAUCAGCGAAUUUAGUCAAUUACCCUCGAACAUUGAGUCCAGUGAAAUGCUAGCGAGUCUGCAAAAAGAACUCGCUGCUCUAGAAAUACGUUACGGUGCUGUUUUCUAUUAUGGAUCUUCAGACAUGACCUUGCAACCGGCUAUGAAACUCAAUUGUUCAAACUCGGCUACAAUGUAUUACGCACUCCAAAUAUAUUUCGCCCGGUCUGGGUCAAGCUCAUUCGGAGAAGAAGUCACACCUGAUGUUAAAGCUAUUUUGAGCCAGCUACUGCUAUUCGCAAUGCAUGCUUGUCCUGCCGGCCCACAACAGCCAGUAUAUGAAUUUCAAUGGUCUUUGUUCAUUGCAGCUGUCGAAACGAAUGAUAUGAUACACCAAGAAUGGUUGCAAGCUAGAAUAACUAACCAUCGCCUUCGCGAAGCCUUCCAGCGUAUUUCUUCGUUCAAGCGGAGCAACAUGGGGACAAUAUCUUUAAGUAAGGUCAGGGAAAUUCUUCUGGCCGUUUAG